AUGAUUAAUCUUUAUACGAAAAUCAUUGACAAAGGAAUAUUAGAGAAGGUAAUCUUUGUCGUAUCAUUCGAAGGUCAACAGAAAAAUUUUGAUUUCGAUUAUCCUGAUGGAUAUGAAAUCGUAGUUCCACGAAAGGUCAAGUCCAAUGGGACGUUCGUGUCGUAUCAGAUACCGCAUCAUUUCAAACGUUCGUUUUAUGAGAAGAAUGUAGGAGAAACUAGAGCGAUGUCCGAAGACGAUGCGGUUCACUAUCGACUUCUACUUGGUCAGAAGGAACAUCAUCUCGAGUUAUAUCCGAGUCAUCGAUUUUACUCUCCUGGUGUCAUAAUCGAGGAACAUCGGACAGGCAAUGGUGAGGAUAAGAAACGUUUCCUUGACGAACUGCGAAUUCGACGAAUGAGAGAUAGACAAUGUCAUUAUCAAGGUCAUGUUAGAAACCAACCGGAUAUCAGUGCACUUUCUACUUGUUAUGGACUCGUAGGUUACAUAAAAACAAAGGACUCAUGGUACAUGAUCGAACCAAUCGAAGGACACGAUUUCACGAAGGAAAUUGAACAUCCUCAUGUAGUUUAUAAAAAGGAUCCGAAGGAUAUUAAAACCAAUGAGAUUUCGUCGUGUAUAAAUUUCGAAGAUUUUAACAGGACUAUUAACAAACGUGAAUACAAUGAAUUCAUUAAGAAGCGCGCCUUGAAUAACAAUAAUGAACAAUAUGAUGGUCGUCCUAUGAGAUAUACUGUAGAAUUGUUAGUCGUUUUGGACAUUACACUUUUACAACAUCAAAAAUUUGACGCUGCCAGUCUGUUUCACGAUAUAAGCUUAGGAUUCGAUAUGGAUUUGGCUAUAGUUAGAAUCAUACGACUCGAAGUAGAAGAAAACGAGAUGAAUUUGGGGAUCACCAAGAAUUUAGAAACAACAUUGAAACGAUUUCAAGAAUGGCAAAGAUAUAUGAAUCCUGGCGAUGACGAUCAUCCGAAUCAUCAUGAUCUGGCGAUAUUACUUACGAGAAUGAAUUUCUGCGUGACACAGGAGCUUUGUGGAUUCACGGGUGUAUCUACUGUCGCUAGCACGUGUGAUCCUUUGAAGGGAGCCAUUAUUGUCAAGGACAGUGGCCUUACUACGGGAUUUCAUAUAGCUCAUCAUAUAGGACACACACUCGGUAUGUCACAUGACGUCGGAAGGGAGAACGGAUGUACUGGGAUAGUUCAUCAUCACGAUGGAUUCGUGGAAACGUCGGUUAUGUACCCUGGAAGUGCAUACGUGACGAAAAAGUGGUCCAACUGUUCCCGGAAUUAUUUACAACAUUACAUCGAAUCUGGUUUGGCUCGUUGUCUUGAGGAUGAGCCAAAGGAUCAUCAUUUUCCUAUAAUGGAGAUGUUACCUGGGGUCAUAUAUAAUAGCGAUUUUCAAUGUCGUCUAAUGUAUCGUCAGGAUGUCGUUCAUUGUGAUCUCGAUAUCAACUGCGAGACUCUGAGCUGUUCUAUUCCGGAAAAGGGUUGCGUGUCAGUUAGAAAACCACCCGCUGAAGGAACCCCCUGCGCCGAGAAGAGGUGGUGUUAUAACAUGAAGUGCGUCAUGAUAGGUGAACGAUUAGGAGCGAUCGAUGGUGGUUGGAGUAGUUGGUCAUCUUGGAGUCGAUGUUCUCGUAGUUGUGGAUCCGGAGUGGCCUUUGCAAUGAGAAGAUGCGAUCAUCCAAGCCCAACCAAUAGCGGUACUUAUUGUCCCGGUAUAAGAAAACGUUACAAAAUUUGUGCCACCAAUCCUUGUGAAAUUGAUGCACCAUCGUUCAGAGAUGUUCAAUGCAAUGAAUUCAACGAUUGGGUCUUUCCAGAGGAUGGAAAAAUUCAUCGAUGGAUAGCUUAUAAUUUGCCGGAAAACUUGAAAGCUUCCGAAAAUCCGUGCUCCCUAUACUGCCUAAGCGAUACGGGUUUGGUAACGUCAUUAAGGCCAAAGGUCGUUGAUGGUACUACAUGCUACAGAGGUAUCCGCGACAUCUGCGUAUCUGGCGUCUGCAGAGAGAUACCAUGCGAUCUCGAUAUGGAAUCCAACGCGGUCGAAGAUGUUUGCGGCGUUUGUCGAGGUGACAGCACAUCCUGCAAGAUCAAGGAAGGAACGUUCGUAAUCCAAGCCCAAUCAAAACCGAGGAAGAUAGUAGACGUACCCGCUGGCUCAAGAAACAUACGAGUUGAACUAACUCAUCCUACAAAGUCGAGAAUUAUAGUAGAAGCUAAGAGUUCUGGAUCGACUUUAAUCGAUGGAAAUCACUUAGGAAUGUACGAAGUGGCAGGCUCGAAGGCGUGGCUCGGUAUGAUAAGACCGAGACAGGGAGCUUUAAAUGUGCCAGGACCCGUCACGGAAGACUUGGUUAUAUUGGUACACCCGGUGGAAAAUGUAACCUUGAAAUACUCGUUGGGAUUGAAACAAGAUAAACCACGGAGGGGAAGAUUCUCAUGGGGUUUUGUUGACUGGGAACCAUGUACAGCUGUUUGCGGACCCGGCGAACAGGUCUCGAAGGCACGUUGUAUAGAGGAAAUCGGUGGUAUGGUCGACGAGAAUAAUUGCAAAAAUCUAACAAAACCGGAUGUGAAAGUUAGACCGUGCGAUCAAGCACCCUGUUUACCCAGAUGGAUGUUAGGCGAUUGGCAAGGUUGCGAGAAUUGCACGGCAACGUGUAAAAGAUUACGAGCAGUGAAAUGUAUACGUCCAAUUGGUCAUGGUGAACAGGACGUCGAUAUUAUACCGGAUAACUAUUGUCAAGGACCAAAACCAAAAGAGUCAAUGUUAUGUUCCUCCGAAAUAAAUCAAAUCGAUCGUAUCAUCGAGGAUAUCUCAAUUGAUGAGGAUAAAUCGUUAAUUAACAAUGAGACUACGGUUAACCUUGAUGACAUUAAUAAAGGAGAACUCGUGAUCGAUAAGGAAUAUAUUGAUAAUUUGACCCUCUUAUCAAAAUUAAACACUGAACAAUCGACGAUGAGUAUAUUUUGUUUCAACCUCAAACCACAUUUACAGUAA